CGACGCUACAACCGAUGUGCGCGUGCGAUCGUUUUGUCGAUGAUCAGCGACCAGCCGCCUGUAGCCCGAUCGACGGCUCUUAGUGUCAGUGUCGAGAGUAAGUGAAUCGGCGGCUAAAGCCUCGAGUGAUCGCCGAUCGUGGACGUUAAACAGUGCCGAUUUUCAUCGUUAUCAGUGAAAACUCAUUUUGUGCAACUCGCUCGAAGGGAAUCGCAUCGUUUUCAAACGGAUUCGUGACAUUCUGUGAGGUCAAAAUUAAUCAACUGGAGUUUAUUGCGUAGUGUAGUUUCCAAUCUGUCUGUUGAAACUACUCUCGAGCGCUGUCAAUCGAUCGUGUUGGACUAGUUUUUUCAGUGAUGAAAUCAGUGCCGCGUGUUUCAUUGUACUGUUGAAAAACUCGUCUUUGUGCCAUCACGCUUCAACUCAUGUCUCGCCGCUUAUGUUUUGCAUCCUUUAAGAUGUUGGCUGUUUCUUACUGAUUAUGUCAUUUGUUACGGCGGUAGACUCUGUUGAGGGAUAAUGUUCCACGGGAGCGGAGGCGGCGGCUACGGCGCUAGUUCAGAAUAUCAACAGCAACAAUCGCAGUCAGGCCAGCAACAACGACAACAACAGCAACAGCAGCAACAGCAGCAGCAACAACAGCAGCAACAACAACAACAGCAGCAACAUAUUCAACAGCUUCAAUCUCCCGUUUAUGUUCCUUCAUCUAGACCGGCGAUAGCCUCAUCAACAACGGCUGGGCAGUAUCAUUCUUUUACUAGCUCAGCUUCUCCAGCUUGGGAAAAAACGGCCUCAUGGCAACAUGGAGUCGAUACGUAUGCUCAUCAUGCAGCAUUAGCUAGUCACACGGGAAGCACAACUGGUGCGAUGGGUCCACAUUCGAGUCAUGCACACCCUCACGCGGGUCAUCCACAUACAGCUCAUCCUCAUACAAGUUUAGCAGCAGCUGCAGCAUCGCCAUUUUAUGCUCAAAAUGUUGCAAUGAUGUCGUCGUGGCGGGCAUACGAUAGUGCCGGCUUUCAAAGGGCCUCUCCAUAUGAAACGACUAUGGACUUUCAGUUUAGUGAAGGUCGAGAAUGUGUAAAUUGUGGUGCCAUUUCCACGCCACUGUGGCGUCGCGACGGGACUGGGCAUUAUCUUUGUAAUGCUUGUGGCCUCUAUCACAAAAUAAAUGGAAUGAAUCGACCUCUCAUAAAACCAACCAAACGCUUGAAAAUGGGACAGAUCUCCGAAUUCCAGACGGCGACGAGAAGAUUGGGCCUAUGCUGCACGAAUUGCGGUACCCGUACGACUACUCUUUGGAGGCGCAACAACGAAGGCGAACCCGUGUGCAACGCCUGCGGCCUUUACUUUAAGCUUCAUGGUGUCAAUCGACCGUUGGCCAUGCGAAAAGAUGGAAUACAAACCCGCAAAAGAAAACCCAAGAAGACACCCGAGCCAAACUCACGACAGUCCAGCUCAGACCACAACGACAGUCUCACUUCCACAGCUUCGUCACCUUCAGAUAUUAAAAGUGGGCAUCUUGCAUCGCAUCAGCAACAGCCUCACCAACAUCAAUUGGAAGUAAAAUCAACGUCGACAAGCUCACCGACGGAACGUCCAGUAUACUUGGGUCAUACGCCCUUGCUACCGUCCAACGCGGCGACGGGCAGUAUACCAACAGUCAAAACGGAGCCUCGAAGUUGCGAUGGUGGCGUGAUAAGCCAGCCUUAUUCUUCUUACUAUCAACAUCCCCACCAGCUCGGCGUGCCAUCGAGCGAGCAUCAGCAGGCAGCAGCGUAUUAUGCAAGCCAGGAAGCUCCUUAUCAUCAUCAGCACCACGUCACUGCAUCGGCCAAGCUUCUAGCCUCAUCAUGAACGUCGUUACGCAUCGACCCGCCCCAAUAGAAUUCGUCCAGACUCUCUUGCUCCGUACUUCUAAAUUAAUCGUUACAAUUUUUAGAAUCUAUUUAUCCGGUUUCAUUGUCGAUACUAUACUCCAGAUUUAACUGCAUUUACGCUUUUGAUGUACAUUAUAUCCCAGUGCGCUCAUGAACUUAUUACAGUUAUUCAUUUAUAAAACACGUUUAGUAGAAUUUCAUUUUUAUCAGUAAGCCAUGUAAAUUAUUUCUGUUUGAUAU